CGUCGCCAGUUUCCGGAUGAGCGAGACGUAUUUUUUGCUUUGGUGUAAGAUAAGAGACGAAUGUGUUACGCAGCAAGUUAGAGAUAGCAGGAUGCAGUUUGCCGCGAUAGGAAGCAUGUGUGGCGAAUAUUGCAAAUACGAUAAAAUCAUCCGGAACCCUUAGGACUGGGAUCCACAAGGUAGCCGAAGAAAAGUGCGAAGUGCUCUAACCUGGAGAAGAAUCUGAGGUUCAAAAAAGUUGGAGUCAAAUCAAGAGACUAGUACAAGAUCGUUUUAAACGGAGGAAUCUCAUGCACAAGAAGUGAUUGCCAAUGGUACCAAAUCCUGGAACAUAACCACACUGGAUCGAUUGCAUCUGCAGUUAUUCAUCAACUAUGACAAGAAUGCACAUCCCACCUAUCAUGGUAUACCGACCAAUAUCACAUUGGGCAUGUCGGUCAACUACAUUGAUAUUGACGAGAUAAAUGGGAAAAUGAUUUUGCACUCAUGGUUGAGGAUUAAAUGGAUGGACGAAAACCGUUCGUGGAAUCUUGGCGAUUACGACAAUAUCACACAAAUCCAUUUGAAACCGAAGGAAGUAUGGAAGCCAGAUAUAACACUUUUUAAUAGCGCCGGCGACAAGAGUGACUACUUGGGUGAUACUCAAAUACUAUUGGCCGACGAUGGCAGCUUCUUGUGGGUACCACCAGCCGUCUAUACAGCAUACUGUAGUUUGAAUUUCCGCAAUUGGCCAUACGAUACGCAAGUGUGUAAAGUGAAGGUCGGUUCCUUGGCGCUGACCUACAUCGAUGCACGUUAUCUGGAAUUGAAAGAGAGCUUAGAUUACAAUGAACUAGUACAAUCGACUGAGUGGGAAAUCGUCGAUGCCGACACGGCAUACCGAAAACAGGAUUACUACAAUUACAUUGAGUUUACAUUUAAUCUAAAGCGGCGUUCGUCAAUGUACACAGCGGUUAUCUUUACGCCAGCUACGUGCAUUAUUUUGCUGGCGCUUUCCUCGUUUUGGCUGCCACCGCAAAUGGGUGAAAAAAUCUUACUGAACGGUGUGGUGAUUGUGCUCAUUUCCGCAUUUCUCAUGUAUUUUGCGCAAUUAUUGCCGAUCUUGGCCGAUAAUACGCCACUUGUAGUGCUCUUCUACAGCUGUAGCUUGUUGCUGCUCAGCAUCUCAACGAUAAUUGCUGUGUGCGUGCUGUAUCUCUCCACGGCGAAGCACAAACGUCACUUACCUGCAUUUAUCAAAAACAUACUUAAUGGACCGCUCAGCAAAGUUCUUCUAUUAGAAAACUUUACAUUGGAGGCCGAACCGCACGUGACUAUGAAUAACGGCACUAAGGAAUUGGUGGAACAUCAAUACGAGAAUCCUGAUAGUGUAAGCGAUGGCGCCGCAAUGCAUGCAUCCACCUCAGCCGCCUCAAAUCGGUUCAUACAAUUUGAGUGGAUUUUAUUGGCCACAGCCGUCGAUCGUAUUGCUUUUCUAUGCUAUAGCCUUACAUUCAUAAUUUUGUCUAUUUUAUAUGCAGUAUAAAUUCAAUUGACGUUAGUGAAUUAUGUUUCGAUCAAUAUUAUCAAAUACCUAUAUGUAUACAUAGCUUCCAAUAUAUAUAUACAUAUAUGUAUGUACAAAUUGUUUUGAAUAAAAUUAAUUAACAAUAACCAAUGAGGAAGGACUAAGCUCA